AACCUAGUAUAUAUAAGAAGGUCAACGGACAUCAGUAUAACUUUAUCUGUGAUUCUUUACCCAUCUCGAGACACUUCUCAACCAAAUUCCAAAUCUCCAAAUAUCCAAAAAGAAACUCCUUCAACCCUAAAUUCACCGUCCGUAUCAGAACCAAAGCCUUUCGUCAAAAUGCCGAGUUUCAACCAAAAUCCCUUCAUGGGCAAUAUCUGUUCCAAAGAAUCCGAUAACACAUCUGUUCUCCCAUCCGUCCGUUUACCCCUAUUCUUAUUAUCCACAUCCCGAUUCUCAGCUAACUACCCUCAGAAUUCUGCCAAAGUAACAUUCAAAAAAGGUGCUAAGGUUUAUUGGACGGGACAAGGAGAGAUAUCGACAACACCACUUACACCAAAUAGCCCAAAUGCACCAGAAGCCAGCAGUGCCAAUAAAAACCGACAUACUUCAUCAGAGAUCCGCAGCGCGCCGAGUGCUAUUUUUGCCGAUGAGGAGGCCGGUCUAAUUGCCGUUAAAGUGAAUUCGGGACGAAUGAAAGAGACUAUUGGACCUGAGAAUGGGAAGGGAAAUUUUAGCAUUCGAUUUUGUUAUAUUAUACAACUGGAGAAUGGGGAAACGAGAAAGGUAGAGGAGGGGCAGUUGAGAAAAGACAAAAGAGUGAUGAGCUGAAGCCUGAUGGAUUAGCUGGUGGGGAUGAUGAAUCAGGUCAGGAGAUAACGAAAUGUAAUGGACUGUUGAUUAGGCUAGAAGAAUAGAUGUUGUUCGCCUCAAUUUAUAGAAAUUCAUUAACUAUACUGCUAUUUCUAUAGUUAGCAAUAGUGUGAUACAACUUCUCUUGAGCAUCUAUUUUGUCACAGUACUUUCUUAGCCAAUCCAUGCUUUUACGGGUAGAUAUCUUUCCGCUAAGGGAUAGAUAGUAUCCUUAUCCUGAGCGGGAGUGGAGGAGGAAUAGAUAAGUUUGCGAAAGAGUCUUGGGUAAGUUUAUUCAUUAAAUACAGUAUUAUGAGUGGUGGAAUUUCCUAUGGAAACCUCAAAGAAAGUGUUUGAUGUUUCCAAUGAGUGAAUAGGAGUUUGGUGAGAUUGAAGAUGGAUGAUUGGGGAUGACGGAGUAGGGACAAAGAGCAAACUUCCAUAGCAAUCGUCCGCAGAUGGGAAAAUAAAGAUCUAUCAUUCCUGGAUUCAUCAUUCAUCAUCCAUGCAUGCAA